AUGAACACGACAGGAGGGUUAAGGGCUGCAGAACAGGUGCUGCUCAGCUCUAACUGGGGGAUUCCGAGACGCUCCCAGACCAGAGUGGAGAUAAAAUCCCUCCACCAGGUCCUGGGUCUGCCCGGUGUUCUCCUCUCAGCUGCAUACUCCCAGGCCCUCUCCAGGAUCGUUGGGGAGAAGAGGGAGGAUAUGGCUGGAGAUGGAGAGUACCUUCUGGGGAUAAAGAGACUGAGGAGGCUGUACUGUAACGUGGGCAUCGGGUUCCACAUCCAGGUCUUACCAAACGGCAAGGUCACAGGAGUGCAUAAUGAAAAUAGAUACAGCCUUCUGGAAUUGUCCCCGGUGGAGAGAGGAGUGCUGACUCUGUUUGGAGUGAGGAGCGGCCUCUUCAUCGCUAUGAGCGACAAAGGGAAGCUCUACGGCUCGGGCAAUUUCAACGAUGAGUGCAAGUUCAAGGAGAAUUUCCUGGCCAACAACUAUAACGCCUACGAAUCAGCGGCUUACCCUGGCAUGUACAUCGGCCUCAGCAAGACCGGCAAAACCAAGAGGGGCAACCGGGUCACCCCCACCAUGACAAUGACACACUUCCUUCCCAGGAUAUGA